GAUAAUAGCUAUGUAGAAUUUUGGAAUUUCAAUGCAUCUCCGUGAUGGAUUUUGGAAUGGUGGACGAAUGCAUCUUGGGACGCAGACUAACCUCACCUUGUUGAUAUUGUUUUUCUCACGACAUUGGAGCACCCGGAUGAGAUCUACAGUGUUUGCAGGUAUGAUGGAUCCUCGCAAUCCAUUUCCGAGGGAUUAUGCCAUUUUAGGAUCUUUCUUGAAAGACCUUCUUUCUCUUAUCACACCAGACGAGGAUGAUCAAAUCAGAAGGGCUGACGUCAUAUCUGAUAUUGCAACUAGCCUUACUUGUCUGCAAAGUUUGAAAGGUUCUUCUGUCCAACCAUUUGGAUCAUAUGUAUCCAAGCUGUAUUCCAGAUGGGGUGAUUUGGAUAUUUCCAUUGAGUUGGCAGUCUCAGAUGUUUCAAAAUCAAAAAAGCUGAAUGUUUUGAAGCAAUUAAGGGAUGUACUUCAGCGGACAGGUGUUGCGCAUUACAUUCAGUUCAUUCCACAAGCCAGGGUCCCUCUUCUUAUUUUUGAGAGCAAUAGACAUCAUAUUUCUUGUGAUGUUUCUGUUGGCAAUUGUGAGGGACUUUUGAAGUCCAAAUUUCUGCUGUGGAUCUCUCAUAUAGAUGGAAGGUUCCAUGAUAUAGUCUUAUUGGUCAAAGAAUGGGCAAAAGCACAUAAAAUCAAUGAUCCAAAAAAUGGAAGUUUGAACUCAUAUGCGCUCUGUUUGAUGGUCAUAUUUCAUUUGCAGACAUGCAGCCCUUCUAUAUUACCUCCAUUGAGGGACAUCUAUGGGGGAAAUAUGGUGGAAGAUCUUAAAGGAGUUGGAAGUGCAUAUAAGAGAGAUAUAGAGCAUAGUUGCAAUGAAAAGAUAGAUCGGCUAAGGGCACAAGGCUUCAACCAAGCAAACAAAAGUUCACUAGCUGAACUUUUUGUGUCCUUCUUUGAGAAGUUCACUGAUAUUGGAACCCGGUCAUCACAACAAGCAAUUUGCACUUUCACUGGACGUUGGGAAAACUUGUACUCCAAGAGAGAUUGGACAAAGAAAAGCUACCCUUUAGUAAUUGAAGACCCCUUCGAGCAACCCACAAAUUGUGCAAGGUCAGUGAGAGCAUUUGAGCUGUUGAGGAUAUCCGAUGCAUUUAACAACACACGUGGAGACCUCCGCUCUCCAUUCCGAAAAAUCUGUUCUUCCAGAACUUCAUUGGCGAAGCUGCUCAUUAGGCCUGAAACUGCAACAUUGAUGGGGUUGGGUGCACCUGAAAGGAGGGCCGAUGACAUGCACAAUGAAUUCGAGCGUCUUCUCAAUCUAAAUAGCAGGCAACCUCAAGUGCAUGCAGGCUAUGCUUCACGAAUGGAACCAUCCUCUUCAACUGUGCAUUUACAGCAGAGACCCUCUUCCACUUUGCAUUUACACAGGGGACCUUCAAAUUUGCAUUCACAGAGGGCGCCCUCACCAAUUGUACAUUUACAGAGGGCCUCAUCUUCAAAUUUGCAUUUGCAGAGGGACGCAUCAUGGAAUGUGAAUUCGCCAAGACAUUCUUCUUCUACUGUGCCUGGAGAGAGGCGUGGGCCCCUUGUUUCGCAUUUGCAGGGGCACGGCAGCUAUGAUACUCUCACAGUAAACAGGCCAUAUUCUUCUACUCCACGAAGCAAUAAUGGCUAUUAUCAAAGCGCUAGUCAACGAGGAGGGCCCAAGCAACGGUUACCAAAGUAUCAUUCAUAAGAUGUGGAUUUAAGCUGAAACCAGUUGAACUUAUGUGGUUGAGGGCACCACGGCAGCAUUCAGUCUUGAGCAGCAUUCGUCUUUUGGGGUGAUUUUCUUUUGGGAACAGGUUAUCUGGAAGCUUUUGGAGAGUUUUUUAGAUGUUUGAUUGUAUAUAAAAUUGCCACAAGAAAAUUGGAGAAAGAAUAGCAUAGGUUUUCUCUGGGUAAUAACUCAAAAACUUCAGCUUUUUGUGAAAAUUUGCAUGUUUAUUUUUUAUUUUU